UCCUUUUUUUCUUUUUCCCCAUCCCUACAUGCCCCUUAAUUCUCAGAAAUCUAGGGUUUUGUCAUCGUUUAUAUGUCCUGUUUAAAGUUGUACGUUCUGUCAAAGCCCGUGAUUGAAAGCUGUGGAGUUGGACAUCGGGUUGCUUAUUCCGUUGUAUUUCAUUCUUUUUAAGGAGUAAAAUGCUAAACACAUUCCUAGCUCCUGGUUUAUAUUGGGAACAAAUGCUGAACAAACUUGAUGCUAGAAUUUGAUAACUGGAAAUCUAGAUAAAGUUCUUAGGCUAAUCAUAAGGAUUGAGUUAUCCUCCCUAACAUCCUAGGCUUUGAAGAAACUCCUGCACAAUGAAGAUGACAUUAUUAUCUGGUUAGUAUUAUAAAUGUGGAUUUAGUCCUUUGUAUGGAAAUGAUGUCAAAGUUGAUUUUAUAAUCGGGUUUGAUUUUUUAGUUCUGUUGCAUGGAUGAUGUUGGGUGCGUUCCAAAGCAAGGAUUUUGUAGACUUGGUUUCAGGCUGUGCAUAUUGGACCUUAGUAAUUGAUUUCAGUUAUUUACUUUUUGUUGAUGAACUUUGAUCUUAUCUGAAGACUGUUAUCGGCUUAGAAUCUUAUAAAUUUAGAAACCGGAGUUGCCAAGUGAUUGUCAGAGUGUCUUUGUUCUUACAUGUUACAAAUUUGUGAGCUAUUGAAUGCUGUUGUUGAGAAUGUUAGGACAUUUAAAAGAAGAUGGUGUUAUUUCUCUCCUGUUUGAUGCUUUGCCCUUCAAGAUCUUUUGUUUGUGCUUUAGAGGUUUUGAAGGGGGAUUUCCUAGAAGGAGUUUGAUAUUGAGAGUCCAAUUAAAGGAAAAGGCCAAGUCAUGAAGAUUGUUUCUGGGUUCCUUUCGGCGUGACUAUAUCUGUUUGUGCAUCAAUUACAGGAAAAGAUUUCAGUCACCUUGCUCCUGAUACUUCUGAAAGAUCGUCAAGAGCUUUGCAGGGGUAACGUUCACGGGUCUUGGGAGAAAUGGAUCAUGGUCGCUAUGGUCUUCAUCAAGGAUGGGAAAAUAACAGCGCUUUGGAGGGUUAUGGUCCAGUAAAUGAGCCAAACUUUAGGGUUGGUGGUUCUUAUGAUGAGAGGAGGUUUGUAGAUGAAAGAUUUUCAAGGGACAGUGUUUAUUCAAGGAGUGCCUUCCACCGGGAUGUAUUGGAAAGGGAGAACUAUCCACCACCGUCUGUUGGUCUCUGGCAUCAAACAAGGAAGAGAGCCUAUGAAGAUGAGUAUCCCCUUGAGAGGGAUUCUAGGAGGCAUGAAAAGGCAUAUGCUGAUCCAUACGAUAUGGAUUCUCGUAACACUGACCACUACCAUGAUCAUGGGUUUGACAGGCCUUCUCGGUACGGUGGACGUGAUCGUGAUGAUUACAUGUAUGAUGAUUAUGAUUACAGAGCUCUUGUUCCCCACCAAAGCAGGGAAAAUAGCCGAGAGCGAGAUUAUGAUUAUGGUAGGCACAGUUAUGAUUCUGAUUAUGAGCGAGGAAGUAGGAGAGAUGGUAAUUGGCGAAGGCACAAUUCCCGUGACCGUGAGCGUGAUAAAAGAGAUUUGAGUCGUGAAAGGGAUCAGAGUCCAUACAAGAAGCAUGAGCGUUCUCGCUCUAGGUCUCAUGGUCGGGAUGAUCGGCCAAGGUCACGAUCUCCUCGGGGUCGAAGUCAUGGUCGAAGUCAUAGGGAGGAGAGUUAUGAUGAUAGUCGAUAUGAGAGAAGUGAGAGGCGGAGGGAUCGUGAUGAUAAACACCACUAUUCUGUGGCUCCAUCAGCUACUGUAGUUGUCAAGGGUCUCUCUCAGAAGACAACGGAGGAAGAUUUGUACCAGAUUCUUGCUGAAUGGGGACCUCUUCGCCAUGUCCGUGUGAUCAAAGAACGAAAUUCUGGCAUCUCUCGUGGAUUUGCUUUUAUAGACUUCCCUGCUGUGGGUGCUGCACAAGCGAUGAUGGACAAGCUUGGAGAUGAUGGCCUUGUUGUGGAUGGUAGAAAGCUUUUCUUUGAGUACAGUAGUAAACCAACAGGGGGAUCAAGUGGUCCUCUUGGAUUUGAAAAUUCAUCAAGGUCAGGUCAUGGUAACUACCGGAGUGUAACAAUACCAUCUGACUGGAUGUGCACCAUCUGUGGCUGUGUCAAUUUUGCACGCCGAACAUCCUGCUUUCAGUGUAAUGAACCAAGAACAGAUGAUGCACCCCCAGCUGAUAUGGCAUCAUCAAAUCCCACUCCUCUUGGCAAAAGAGGUGAAGCAGGCCCUACCCAUGUUUUGGUUGUCCGGGGAUUGGAUGAAAAUGCUGAUGAGGAAAUGCUUCGUUAUGAAUUUUCAAAGCAUGCUCCUAUAAAGGAUCUCCGACUUGUGAGGGACAAAUUUACACAUGUUUCUAGGGGAUUUGCUUUUGUGCAUUUUUAUUCUGUUGAGGAUGCUACCAAGGCCCUUGAGGCAACAAACGGUACUACUCUAGAGAAGAAUGGGCAAAUUCUUCGAGUUGCAUAUGCCAAAAGUAUUCUAGGACCUGGAUCAGGUGCAUCUGGUACUUCUCAAUCCAGUAGUCUUGCUGCUGCUGCAAUUGAAGCAGCAACUUUUGCCCAACAGUAUGAUGCGGUUGGAUGGGCCCCAAAAGAAUACAAUCCUGAUGAUAAACAAUCUGCUGGUGGUGGUGGGCAAGAGCAAGAUGGUGGAGUUGCAGGUCAAACUAAUGCACCAGCACCGCAAUCUGGUUUCGUGUGGGAUGAAGCUUCUGGUUACUAUUAUGAUGCUGCCUCUGGAUUCUAUUAUGAUGGGAAUUCGGGACUGUACUAUGAUGGUAAUAAUGGGAUCUGGUAUUCAUACGAUAAUCAGACUCAGCAAUAUGUACCUUGUAAUAAUCAGAAUGAUUCAACAGCUGAAAAGCAAAGCGAAGCUUCCAAGACCUCUGAGGGUUCAAGUAAUAGAAAAGUAGUAAUAUCUGCACCAGCAGCCACGAUAACAGCAAAUGAGAAGGCUGCUUCUCUUCCUGAUGCUAUCCAGGCUGCUGCCAGUGCUGCAAUAGCUGCAGAGAAGAAAGAGAAAGAGAAAUCUAAAGAAAUAAGGCUUGCUUCAAAGAGCAGUAUACUGGCUAACAAGAAGAAGAUGAAUAAUGUGCUGACAAUGUGGAAACAAAGGAGUAACGAAGGUCAAGCUCCACGUGUGGCUCUCGAUGAGAACCUGCCUUCUGCAUUAUCAGAAGAUAGAGCAGGCUCUGUUGGGUCAUCUGCAAAGAAUAGAUUCAAAGCUGAGCCUGUUAUUACCAAGGAGAAUGCUACAACCACUUCAGGAUUUGCCGUAAACUCUGGAAUUCAAACUGAUGGGGAAUCUGAGGGUAGGCCGCGGUCUGUCAGCAGCAGCUCUGGUGGAACCCUAAAAGGGGUGAUUAGGGGCUCUGGGAUGGGUGUUAUCAAGUCUGAUACUCUGUAUACAGGAUCUUCAGGGACUUCUUUGACGCCUUUGCAAGCUGUUGCAUCUACUGCAGUUUCAUCUCAAUUAACAAACAUAGAUGCUUCUUCGACUCCAACACCCUUUAGAACAGAUGCAUCAGCAUUGGGUUCUUAUGCAUCAGCGGUCCCUGCUGUAAGUGGUAAAAGAAGGUUCUCGGAGAUGCCACAACAAACUCCUCUUCUGAAUAAGGAACAGACUACAUAUAGGGAUCGUGCGGCUGAGCGCAGGAGCUUGUAUGGUUCAUCUUCUUCACUUGGAGAAGAUCUUUCACAACUUGGGGCUGGGGAUUCGAAUCGAGACUCAACGCUAAGAAGGGGUGCUUUAGAUUCAAUGCCAUUUCCCCCUGGUGUUGGGGGCGGACGUGGUGCAACAGAUGGUAGUAGUCAGAGUUAUGAUGUGAUAACAGCUGACAGGGCACUUGAUGAGAACAAUGUUGGGAACCGUAUGCUUCGCAGCAUGGGCUGGAAUGAAGGCUCGAUUUAAUGCUUAGCAGUCCAUUGGCAUGCCAGCUCAUUUUUUGUAGUACUAAAUCUGAGAUGUACAACGUUUGAUCUCUGCGGACCUAGUGGCAGGUUGGCUAUUUACCUGUGUUCAGGGAUCUGACUUAAAGCUGGGGACUCUGUUUGGUUUCUAUUUUGUUGAUCUACUUGGCAGGGUCUCGGAAGGGAUGGGAGUGGCAUGGUGGAGCCUGUUCAAACACAAGCGAUGGAUGGUAGAGCAGGACUUGGAAGUCAGCCUAAGAAGGUCGAUCCAAGCCUUGAAGUGCAGGCUGGAGAUAGCUACAAAACUCUGAUUCAAAAGAAGGCAAUUGCUAGGUUCCGCGAGAUGUCUUAUCGACAAGGGAAUUAAGGUUCAGAAGCUCGUGAGUCUUGGAAUCGACAGGAAGAGAACUGGUUGUAUUGCUUUAGGUUGUGGCAUCACCAUACUGGUGAUUUUUUGCCUUGCCCAAUUGUAAUGAUUUACACUAUAGUUGCAGCACUGUUCAUUAGGAACAACAGAUCUUUUGCAUAAAAUUAUAAUCAUAACUCUUUUUUAACGUGACUGCUGAUAUCUGAUAUACGUUAGUGCUGGAGCAGGCAGCAUGCUUCCAUUUUUCCA